GGCAGGAAAGAUGGCUGUCCUCGCGCCUCUGAUUGCUCUGGUGUACUCGGUGCCGCGGCUUUCUCGAUGGCUGGCCCGACCUUAUUGCCUUCUGUCUGCCCUGCUCUCCGCUGCUUUCCUCCUCGUGAGGAAACUGCCGCCGAUUUGCAACGGUCUCCCCACGCAGCGCGAAGAUGGUAACCCGUGUGACUUUGACUGGAGAGAAGUGGAGAUCCUGAUGUUCCUCAGUGCCAUUGUGAUGAUGAAGAACCGCAGAUCCAUACCCCAGGAAGAGGGACAAAAGAGUGGGAGCCUUCAGCCCAGCCUGACUGUGGUAUCUCUGUGUUCCAGUCACUGUGGAGCAACACGUAGGCAACAUCUUCAUGUUCAGUAAGGUGGCCAACGCAAUUCUUUUCUUCCGCCUGGAUAUUCGAAUGGGUCUGCUGUACCUCACACUCUGCAUAGUGUUCCUGAUGACCUGCAAGCCCCCCCUGUACAUGGGUCCUGAGUAUAUCAAGUACUUCAAUGAUAAAACCAUUGACGAAGAACUGGAGCGGGACAAGAGGGUCACUUGGAUUGUGGAGUUCUUUGCCAAUUGGUCUAAUGAUUGUCAGUCAUUUGCUCCCAUCUAUGCUGACCUGUCCCUCAAGUACAACUGUACAGGGCUAAAUUUUGGGAAGGUAGAUGUUGGACGCUAUACUGAUGUUAGCACACGGUACAAAGUGAGCACGUCACCCCUCACCAAACAACUCCCUACCCUGAUCCUGUUCCAAGGUGGCAAGGAGGUAAUUCGGCGGCCACAGAUUGACAAGAAAGGACGAGCCGUCUCUUGGACCUUCUCUGAGGAGAAUGUGAUUCGAGAGUUCAAUUUGAACGAACUGUACCAGCGAGCCAAGAAGCUGUCAAAGGGUGGAGACAGUGUGUUGGAAGAGAGUCCUGUGGCCCCUGCCCCCUCUGCUGUGCCAGUGGGGGAAAACAAGAAGGACAAAUAGGAUCGUCGGGCACUCUCCUUGCUUCGGUCGGAUUCUGGCACCUUGGAGGCCCAGUCCCAGCUGUAGCCACAACCCUUGCCUGAGGCUGAGGCCAUUUGUUUUCUCCUAUUGGGCUGCGCCUGGUUGGGGCCGGGAGCCUGCUUCUGGGCGUUAAAGAAGCAUCUAGGGAGCCUUGAAGCAUUUGAUCUCAUAGACAGAGGUAGAAAUGGUUUCCCUCCAAGGUUGGGUCAGCGUGUAAACGGCUGUUCAGUGCUUGGAUAUCACCAGUCUGUGGUUUCAUUAUUCCUCCUAAUGAGCCUGCAAAGCAUACACUAAAUUAAACUCUAAUAUUAGAUGUCAGAGUAUACAGCACAAAGAAAUUAUCCUCAAGAACCCUUUCUUCCUUAGGCCCUUCUGGCUUGAUCUGUGGCAUUCAUUAAGCUAGUUAAGCUUACGGGUGGGGCUGUUUUGGCGCACGCCUUUAAUCCCAUCCCAGCACUCGUUACCCAGAGCCAGGUGG